AUGCCAGAAGAAAUUAAUUCACUAAAGGAUGAUAUUCCAUCAACACUGUCAGACAAAGACAACACAGUAUCAGGGGCACAGAUUUCAAAAGAUGAUUCAAAAGAUGAUUCAAAGGAUGAAUUGAUAGAUAAUUCAAAACAAAAUUCAAAAGAAGAUUUAAAAGGUGACUUAAAAGACGACUUAAAAGAUGGUGCUGUUUCUGCCAGCAACAAUAACAACAAAGAUAACGACAUGAAGGAUAAUAAAAUUGACAAAGGCACCAAUGACAAACUGCUGAUACACAAUACUUCUCAUGAGCACUCUAAAAAUGAAUCUGCUCCUAUAAACGAAAAUGCAAAGGCAAAGAACGAUAUCAAGAUCUCUAUAUCCAGUGGUCCCUAUAUUCUUAAAAACAUCAUUGAAACCAUUAAAGUUGAUGAUGAAAAUGAAUUGCCUUCCUCAGAUCCAGUCUCUGAUGAUCUUCCCAACAAAUCUUUCUUCCCAGAACCAUCUUACCCAACUUCUAUAGAAUCAUAUCUAUCCAAUAUAUAUAUUGGAACAUCUAAAGGAGAAAUACUACAUUAUUAUUAUAUUGAUGAAACUACAGGAUAUAUAUUGAUUUCAAGAACGAAAUUCUCAGAUUCAACUGAAAAAGCCUCCAAGAAAAAUAAAAAAUCAAAACCUAAGGAACCCAAACCAAUCUUAAAAAUGUUAAUUUUGCCUUCUAUCAAGAAAAUUGUUGUUCAAUCAGGCUCAAUUAUAAGUCUAUUUAUGUUACCUGAAUUAUCUCCUGCAAAUAUCGGGCGAUUGAAAGAUAUUAACGACUUUACCUUGGAUUUCAACAGCCUCAACAAAUUAUCAAACGACCCUUUAAUUUCACAGCAAAUAAUUAAAACUUUUAAUGACAAUCAUGAUAAUUUUGUGCCGGUUGUAUUAUUUACAAAAAAAUUAAUUAGAAUUGUUUUGAUAUCAGCAACCUCAAUAAAACUACUAAAAGAUGUUAAUUAUCCAAAUGUUUUAAAAGGUUUGAGAAAACUGUCCUAUACUUUGGUCUCGACAGAAACAAACUAUGAUUUAAUUGAUUUAAAUAAUUUCCAAAAAAUUCCCUUGUUUCCACUUUCUGCCUCUAAUGUCGAUAAUUCAUUCAAUUCUGAAAUACUACCAAUCAUCAAAAACAUUAAUGAAAACGAAUUUUUGGUCAGUUGCUCAAGUGGCUCCAAUAUUUCAGAACCCUCAAUGGGUUUAUCUAUUAAUCUUAAUGGUGACAUUUGUCGAGGAACAUUAGCUUGGUCAUCGUAUCCUUCAAAUAUAGAAGUUGAUUUUCCGUUUUGCAUAGCUGCGUUUCAGUCCACUAAACCUGAUACUACUUCGAAUUAUGAAAUUUUGAUAAAUUCCCUUUAUGAUCAAACACUAUUGCAAACAAUUAGUUUUCUGGAUUCUAAAAUAUUGAUUUCAAAAUCUUUUAAAACCUUUCCAAUUAAUAUUUCUUCUGGUUUGACUAAUUCAAAUUCAAAAAAUGAAAAAAGUUUCUUUCUAAAACUUUUAUCCAUUAUUUUAAAAGUACCAAUUACUACUCAAAAACUCAUAUUAAAGGAUUUGGAUAAAUUAGCUAAAAACAAAAAUGAUCAUUUUGAACAUCACGAUUGUUUUUUCAUUGCAAAAGAUCUUUCUAGUAGGAUAAUUCUGUCUAAUUUGUCCAAUAUAAUUGUUUAUGGAUCAAGAAUAGGUGUGAACGUACUAUACAGAAAACCCUUUUUAAUAAGAAUUUUUCAACUAUUAAAUGAAAUGUUGAUCACCGUCAAUAAAGACAUUACUACUGAUACUAUCAAAGCAAAUAAAAUAUCUGAACUAAUUUUUAACUUAGAAGAGGAAUUUCAUUCAAUCAUAACGGAUUUAAAGUUGUUGAUUUCUGAUUACAUUAAAAAUGAAAAACAAGUAGAUCUCAUAAAUAUGCUCUUAAAGCAUGGAACUUUAAACAACAAUGAAUUUUCUUUUCGCUCUAUUGUUAAAAAUCAAAUUGAUUCUACAUUAGAUAAUAGUUAUUCUCCACCAAAUAGUCCUUCGACUAACCCUUUGACAAAAGAUAUGUCAAAAGAUAUGAUUUUAGCUGAAAACUUAGACAAUGCAGAUCUUAGGAUAAAAUUAUUGCAUUUUGAGAUUACGAAAACUUUGAUAUGCAGUUUAUAUUUGCUUAACAUAAUUUUUUCUCAUAAUCCUUCUUUUGUCGAUAAAGCAUUUGAAUUUUGGACCGAAAAUCAUCUUUCUUUGGAUCGUCUCAUUUUUUCUAUAAAAUCAAUUAAAGAUAAUAUCAAGUUAUCUGAUUCUAACAAAAAGGCUCUUUUGAUUUUCAGCAAACUCAAUAAUUCAUUAGACCCAAGGUUCUUGAUAUAUUUUCUUUUGAGAAUUAAUAACCUAGAUAAAAAGAAUUUUAAUUCCAAAAUAUCUAAAGAUUCUAGAAUAAAAUCCGGUAAUAACUCCGGCUUUUUUGAUUUUUCUUGUUACAAAAAGUAUCUUGAUUUGGAUAAGAUUUUUUAUUUUAAUUCUAUUUCUGAAAUAGUAGAGUGUAUAAUAACAAAAUAUCAGAAAAAUAGCUUUAAAAAUAAUCAUCGGGAUUUUUUGCAGAAAUUUCAGAAUUUUUACAAAAUUAUACUACAAGAUUGGCUAGAUAAGAGAAAUGAGCUCAAAAUGGUCUUUACUGCCGAUAAAAAGGAUGAUAGCUUUUAUUCUGUUUUUCCAAUAUUGACGAACUUAAGUAUUGCGUUUGAGGAUAUUACAAAAUAUAUUGAAAUAGGAUUAUUAUUGCACUUUCUUAAGGACAUGAAUGAUGAUUCCAAAAAGUCAGACCUGGAUCUAAAAACAUUUUUAAACAAGAAUCUUAUUUGUUCACUGAAAAUAGCUCAGGAGAUUUUGAAAGAAAGUAAUAAAAUAGAUUUUUUACUUGAACUUCUUGAGAAUAAAGGUCAAAUUCAAACAGAAUAUUAUUGGGAUUUGGUUUUUGAUUCUAUUAUCGAAUGCAAAGAAAGUUUUUAUUUACAAGAAAAAAUGUUAAAAGAAAAACUUGAAAAAUUAUUAAAACUGUUUUCUUUUAAUAAAGAUUUUGAUAUCAAAAUAAUGUAUUAUCUAAUGCAAAAAAUUAUAAAUAAUAAAAACCGAUUUAAAAAAUAUAAGACUUUGAUAAUGGAUAUAAUACUAUCAAGAGAACUAUCUUCAAAGUUUGAUAAAGACAAAGUGAUUAAAAUAUUGGAACAUUUUGAUGAAAAAGAGAAAACCGAUAAUGUUUUUCAAGAGGUUAAUAGGACCCAUUCUGGAGUUUCCAAUAUUAUAAACUAUGAAAAUUUGAAUUGUUAUAAUGCUAAAAUUCUUUAUCUUGAAUUUUUAAUUUCAACAAAAGCUAAUUUGACCGAUGAUAUAAAAAAUGAUUUGUUGAUGGAAUAUGUUAAUUAUAUUAGAUUUUUUUUGGAGAAAGAACAAGAACUUGAAACAAACCCAAAUUCUGCUUCUGAAUUAAAUUCUGAUUCUCUGAAUGUUAAACAAUUAAAAACAGCACCUGCAAGUCUUAUACCAAAUUCGCCCAAACUGAAUUUAUGGUCAAGAGGAAUCAGGAGAAAAUCAACUAGUGCAGUGGCUAAUAAAGAAGCUAAAACCGAAGAAAAUUCAAAUAAUAAGGACAUGAACAAGAUUAAGGGUACUAUAAAAGCAAGACCUGAAAAAUACCGAAUUCGAUUUGUUGUUUCUAACAUUAUCAGGAGAUAUAAAGAAAAAUAUGAUCAAUUUCCAAAAAUAACAUUUUGCAAGUUUUUAUCUUUUGAGAAUAAAAUGAUGCAAAAACAACAAUACGGGUUGCUUUUAAGGAAUAAUGGGAGUGAUGAUGAUGGAAAUAAUUUUGGUAUUAUCUUGAAGUUUAUUGAUUAUUAUUUUAAAAUUAUUGACUCAAUUUAUAAUAAUUUUUCAAAAGAUUAUGAUGAGGAAAUUUUGAAAAAAUAUAGAAACGAAAUUUUUAAUGGCACAUUUGGGCCAGGUUCUGAUGAUGGAUUAAAUAUUCUAAUUGCAAUAUAUAAGAUAUUAAAGCCUUUUGAAGAAUUUUGUUUAUAUAUAUUGGCAGUUAUUGAACUAAAAUUGAGAGAUUUUGAUGGAGUUAUUAAAAAAUUAUGUGAUUUGAAUGAUUUUACAACUGUUGAAUUAUUUGCAAAUACAUGUGGGAUUGUUUUGGAUAUUAAUCAUUCUGAAGAUUUUGAAUUGAAUGGGAAAGAGAUUUUAUAUCCAAAUGAAAAUCUUAAAGUUGAUUCUAAAGUUCAGGAACACCUUUUUGAAAUAAUAUUUGAUAAUUAUUUAAAGAAAUAUGAGAGUAGUAAUGAAAAAAACAAAAAUAACAAAGAAAAUUUAAUGCAAUUAAUUGAGGUUUUUUUAUUUAAUUAUAGUUAUUAUCUUGAUUUAAUAAUGAUAUUAAACAAGAUUCCAAAUGAGUUAUCUAUCAAGUUUUUAAACAAAAUUUUGAUUAAAAAUAUUACUAAUAUAAAUAAUUUGUAUAAUUUUAGUGUAAUGAAAAAAAGUUUAGCUCGAAGUGAGUUAAGAUAUUAUGAGAAUAUCUUUAAUGAUUUUAAAGAAGUUCCUAAAAAGUCAUCAAUUGAAAAAGAUACUACACCUGGAACAAAUAAACAAGACAAUGUGGGAGAUUCAAAUAAAGACGAUAAAAGCAACAAGAAUAUAAAGAAAAAUAAAGUGAAAUCAAUUUUAAUAAAAAGAACAAAUACUGAUACAGAUACAUAG